UGCGCGCUUUCAAUCGGCAACAGCUCGGAUGUUGCGAUAUCAGCCAGAGAACGCUGUGGUCGCACAGACUGAUACAUACAGUCGACUUUAAAUGCCUUCAUUUAAUGAGUGCCCUUUGAAAGAAAGACCCGGCCACAUUUUCCGAGCGACAUUCGAAACAAGACGCUGGCUUGAGGUGGUUUCGCGCUGACGUAAACGGGCUACUGCGUUAAGCUAAGUAAAAAAAAAAAAAAAAAUCUGUUUUAUUGUCAGCUGGUGUAAUUAAAUGGCGAAAGGCGCCGCUAUGUGGCUCACGGCGCUCGACUGAGGAUGGGAAUAGUCGUCGAGGAAGGCCGUUCAUCACUGGGACACAUCGCACUGAAAUACACUGUGGUCCUGAGGAUAACCUGGAUAACCUUACACGAAAUGUCAUAGAGCGUGAGUGGCUAGCAUGGGAGCUAGCUGGGUGCAGAGCCAGUACGCCAAUGUUGUCUGUAGCCGUCGCUCUUAUAGUGUAAACACGCCGCUGAAAGGUGCAUAGAUGCAAGAAAAUUACCCACAGAUGCAAUAGCCAGUACCGCUGCUGGUGUAAUUCACUUACAUAACAGCUCCAUCGCUGGCUGUCACCAAUGGGAAUUUUGCCACCUUAUACAAAAUCCUUAUUUUAACAAAUUUUUUUUUUUGUGCAAAUAGACCUGCAUUGCACACCGCAUCUCUGCUUUCGUCUGUGAUCCACAGCACCGGUUGUCGCCCUUUUUUUUUUUUGGGAGACGCACAAUGAGGAAGUUUUUCGAUUCCCGUCGGGAGUUGGUCAGCUCCGGACCGGGUUCCGGAGGUGGCAGCGGCUCCGGAUCCAGUCAUGCAGGAGGGAAUUUCAUCGGGAGAAACAUCGCUGUCGGCAAGCAUCAAGUCACCGUGGAGGAGAUCAUUGCUGAAGGCGGCUUUGCAAUUGUGUUCCUUGUGCGGACAAACCAGGGUGUGCGCUGCGCCCUGAAGAGGAUGUAUGUCAACAACGAGCACGAUCUGCAGGUGUGCAAGUGCGAGAUUCAAAUAAUGAAAGACCUUGUGGGGCACAAGAACAUUGUGGGCUAUCUGGACUCCAGCAUCACGGCCUUGGGGUCCAGGGAUGUGUGGGAGGUUUUCAUACUGAUGGACUUCUGCAAGGGAGGCCAGGUUGUUAAUUUGAUGAAUCAAAGGCUGCAGACGGGCUUCACAGAGGCAGAGGUGCUGCAGAUCUUUUGCGACACCUGUGACGCCGUAUCUCGCCUGCACCAGCGCAAGACGGCCAUCGUCCACAGGGACCUUAAGGUGGAGAACAUCCUGCUGCAUGACAAGGGCCAUUACGUGCUGUGUGAUUUUGGCAGCGCCACUAACAAGUCGCUGAGUCCACAGACGGAAGGCGUCACCGCUGUGGAGGAAGAGAUUAAAAAGUACACUACUUUGUCAUAUCGUGCACCUGAGAUGGUGAACCUCUAUAACAACAAGAUCAUCACCACCAAAGCAGACAUCUGGGCGCUGGGCUGUCUGCUGUACAAGUUGUGCUUCUUCACUCUGCCCUUUGGUGAAAGCCAGGUGGCCAUUUGCGAUGGCAGUUUCACCAUUCCGGACAACUCCCGCUACUCUUACGAUCUCCACUGCCUCAUUCGCUACAUGCUGGAGCCUGACCCAGACAAAAGGCCGGACAUCUACCAGGUGUCUUACUUUGCCUUUAAACUGGCACAAAGGACUUGCCCGGUUCAGAAUGUGAAGAAUUUGACAAUUCCCUCCAAACUUCCCGAGCCAGUCAAAGCGAGCGAAGCUGCUGCAGCCAAGAAGAGCCAGGCCAAACCCAGAUCCUGUCUUUUUCACAGCAGACUGACCGAUCCCGUCCCCACCACGGAAACCUCCAUCACCCCUCGCCAGAGGCCCAAAGCGGCUCACACGCAGCCGAGCGCCGGCAUCCUCCCCAUCCAGCCGGCUGCCCUCACCCCGCGCAAGCGAGCUAAUCUCCCCGGUGGUGCAGCUCAGCCUGUCGGCGUCAGCUUAAACCUCUCCCAGCCCGCCGCAGCCCUGCAGUCACAGAAGGCGCUGACGUCCGCCCUGCCCCUCAUCCAGUCACAGAACAACGCCGUUCCAGCUGUAGCACAGAAGCAGCCGACAUCAGGAGCAGAAGCUACAGCGGCCGUCGUGACGCCCGCGUGCAAGCCAGAUGUCCAACCUCAAGCCCAGCAACAGGCCCCGCCUCCCCCAGGGAACGGCACAGCCCCCCAGCAGGCGGUGCCACAGACUCCGUCCAGCCCCGCCGCACCUCAGCGUCCCGCUCGACGCAAGCCGCCCGUCCAAGCUCAGCAGUCGCCUAGCAAAUCAGCCCCCAAUCAGCCAUCAGUGGGCGAGCAGCAAUCAGUGGUGCAGGCUCACGCCGCUUCCACUGAAGUAAGCCAGAAGGCAGCUGAGAUGACUGCGCCGGCUUCUCCAAAGACGGUGGAGGCGCAGAGCCACAAACGCGUCCCAAGUGAUCCCACAGCGAGCAGCGCCAAUGGAGUCGCCGACUCCUCACUGGGGGCAGAGGCAGACCUCGUCCACUCCCAAGCUGGCUCCAUCCAGCCCGCUCAUUACCAAAGCGAGAGCUCCGCGGCGCCCACAUGGAACCCGUUCGACGACAACGACGGCUUCUCCAACUUGACGGCGGAGGAAAUCAAACCAGAAGACGCAAAGCCCGCUGACCCGCCCUCAGGGUGUGAGACCCCGUGUGAAGAGUUGAUACCCGGCUUACAGACCUCGCCUGGGGAGAACACCUCGCAAGACUGUCAAGCAGAAAGAUUGUCAGCCAUUGUCGAUGCUGCUGAUUCAGGAGCGUCGCUGUUGAUAGUCCCCGAUCCAUUUCACACCCUGGAACUGUCCAACACACCGGAGAAGCUGAUUGAAGGUCUGAAAUCUCCAGAUGUGUCGUCGCUCCUGCUACCCGACCUGCUGUCUAUGUCCGAUCCGUUUGGCGGGGCUGUGGAGGACUCUGCAAAAGAACACAUCACUGCAGACGCCUCUUUGCUGGGCUGCUCUCUGAUGUCGGGCCCGUCCGCUCCUCCGCCAGCCACCAGCAGCGCUGCCUCCUCAGUGUCAUCCGCCUCCGCCGCUCUGGAUGAUUUCAGUCUGCUGUCUGGAGACUCUGCACCGGCCAAAACAUUAGAUUCCUCUCUCCUCAUCUGCGACUUUGAGCCCCCGCAGCCGGCAAACCCUGAGGCGGCCACCGAGGACGAGUUUGACCCCAUCCCAGUGACCGGACGUAAGAACUCCCAAGACCAGCAGGGGGCGCCUGGCAGUCGCACACAGGAGCACGCUGGCACCUGGCUGUCUGUGCAGGUCGCCACGGAAACGCUGGAGAUGCUGAGGACCAGUAAAGAGGAUGAGAGGGGCGGAGCCUCCAUCAGCAUAGAAUUAAAAGCUACGGACUCUCAGCCCCAGCUCGCACCUUUCACGACGUCGCCGUGCAGCAGCUCGCCGUCUUCUCCCGACGUCUUCCUCCGAGCGCCGUUUGGAAAGCGAGGCGGACGCCCGGCGCUCCAAGGUCUGCCGCUGCCCCAGCAGCCGGUGGCGGUGCACCGCGUGGUCUCCAGGGUGGGUCAGCGGGCCGCCGUGGGCUCGGUGGCGGUGGGGCCGCUGCAUUCGUGGACCAUAGGGGGGCGGAGUCUGGACGACCCAUUUAGCACCGCCCCUUUUCAGAGACACUCCAGACCCAGACCUUGAUUUAAGGUCAGUGUGCUCCACCAUUGUUACUUCUUUUUAUAAAGUUGAACUCAUCAAAUUAUUCUUUCACCAAAUGUACUUUUAGCAGUGUUACUUUUUUGAAAGUGUUACUACAGUAUUAUUCAUGUUUUUUAUUGGCCUUUGCCAUAUUCUAAUAAUAAAAUAGGUAUUUUGAAAGUGUUCCUACAGUAUUAUUAAUGAGGGAAAUCAUGUUUUUUUUGGCCUUUGCCAUAUUCUAAUAAUAAAAUAGGUAUUUUGAAAGUGUUCCUACAGUAUUAUUAAUGAGGGAAAUCAUGUUUUUUUAUUGGCCUUUGUCGUAUUCUAUUAAUAAAAUAGGUAUUACACUCAUUUGCUUUGUUGCUUAUAAGUUAAAAUUGUGCCACUUUACAGCAGGGGUGUCAAAC